GGCUCCGGCGGCCGCGGAUCCGCCGAGCGGCGCAGAAAGUUUCGGGCGAGUCGCUGCUGGGCUGCGGGCUAACUUCCCUCUCCUCCCCGCUCCCUUUUCGUCCCUGCUCUCUUCUCCCUAUUUCCUCUCCCUUCUGCCCCCCGACUUUCCUCUUUCCUCCCCCUUUCUGUCUUUUUUUCUCCUUUCUCUCUCUUUCCCCCCUUCCCUCUCUGCUCCCCCUUCCCGCUCCACUCCGCUCCUCUCCCCCUCCGCCUUUUGUUUUCGCAGAUAGUCGGCACACAAAGCUGGUCCCAGAUUUGAGUGACGGCGAGACACCCUGAUGCGCGAGCCUGGGGCGCGCCAUGGAUCUGACUAAGAUGGGGCUGAUCCAGCUGCAGAACCCCUGCCACCCCACCGGGCUGCUGCACAAAGCCAACCAGAUGCGCCUGGCGGGGACGCUGUGCGACGUGGUCAUCAUGGUGGACAGCCAGGAGUUCCAUGCACACCGGACCGUGCUGGCCUGCACCAGCAAGAUGUUUGAGAUCCUCUUCCACCGCAACAGCCAGCACUACACCCUGGACUUCCUCUCGCCAAAGACUUUCCAGCAGAUCCUGGAGUACGCAUACACCGCUACCCUGCAGGCCAAGGUCGAAGACCUGGAUGACCUGCUCUAUGCUGCCGAGAUCCUGGAAAUCGAGUACCUGGAGGAGCAGUGCCUGAAGAUCCUGGAGACCAUCCAGGCCUCUGAGGACAACGACACUGAGGUCGCCAUGACUGACGGAGGUGCCACUGCCGAAGAAGAGGAGGAGAGGAAGUCGAGGUACAUCAAGGGCCUCUUCAUCUCCAAGCCCACUGGCGAGCACGGUGGCUAUGCUGGCACGACCGGCCAGAGCCUGCCAGCAGCCACAGCAGAGCAGAGCCACUCUGCCUCUGUGUCCUACUGCUCCCUCUCCGCCAUGAGCCCCACCAAGGCAGCGGUGGACAGCUUGAUGACCAUUGGGCAGUCGCUGCUGCAGGGUGCCCUGCCACCCAGUGCCCCCGACGACUCGCGCCCCACCACCGUCCGCCGCCCCCCCGGCCUGGCCGAGGUCAAAACCGAAGCGAUGCAGGUGGACGAGGCCUCCAGCCGUGACAGCCCCCAGACAGCCGAGCCUGGUGCCUCCAGUGGGGAGAAGCCUGAUGAGAAGGGCAAGGAAGGGCCCGGCACCCCAACCCGCAGCAGCGUCAUCACCAGCGCCCGCGAACUGCACUAUGCCCGUGAGGAGGGCACCGAGCCGCCCCCUGAGCCCGGUCAGGGGCUGCCACUGGGGCCGGAGCCAUCCGCUGCCACCCCAGGCGAGAAGCCCUUGGGCAUCUACUCGCUGCUGCCGAACCACAAGACUGAGCCGGUGCUCGGCGUGCCGCCUGCCGUGGCGUCCGCCCUGCACGUGCAGCCAGCCCUGGCUGUCUCCAUGGACUUCAGUGCCUAUGGGGGGCUGUUGCCCCAGGGCUUCAUCCAGCGGGAGCUGUUCAGCAAGCUGGGGGAACUGGCAGCUGGCAUGAAGACGGAGAGCAGAGCCCUGGGCGAGCAGUGCAGCGUGUGCGGGGCAGAGCUGCCAGACAACGAGACCCUCGAGCAGCACAGGAAGCUGCACAGCGGGAUGAAGACGUACGGAUGCGAACUGUGCGGGAAGCGGUUCCUGGACAGCUUGCGGCUGCGAAUGCACUUACUGGCUCACUCAGCGGGUGCCAAAGCCCUGGUCUGCGAUCAGUGUGGCGCCCAGUUCUCGAAGGAAGACGCCCUGGAGACGCACCGGCAGACACACACCGGUACUGACAUGGCUGUUUUCUGCCUGCUGUGCGGCAAGCGGUUCCAGACGCAGAGCGCGCUGCAGCAGCACAUGGAGGUGCACGCCGGGGUGCGCAGCUACAUCUGCAGCGAGUGCAACCGCACCUUCCCCAGCCACACCGCGCUCAAGAGGCACCUGCGCUCCCACACAGGCGACCACCCCUACGAGUGCGAGUUCUGCGGCAGCUGCUUCCGGGACGAGAGCACGCUCAAGGGCCACAAGCGCAUCCACACCGGCGAGAAGCCCUACGAGUGCAACGGCUGUGGAAAGAAGUUCAGCCUCAAGCACCAGCUGGAGACCCACUACCGGGUCCACACAGGCGAGAAGCCCUUCGAGUGCAAGCUGUGCCACCAGCGCUCCCGGGACUACUCGGCCAUGAUCAAACACCUUCGGACCCACAACGGGGCUUCCCCCUACCAGUGCACCAUCUGCCUGGAGUACUGCCCCAGCCUCUCCGCCAUGCAGAAGCACAUGAAGGGCCACAAGCCAGAGGAGAUCCCUACCGACUGGCGGAUAGAGAAGACCUAUCUCUACCUCUGCUACGUCUGAGGAAGGAGGCUCAGGGUCAACAGGGCCGAGUGGCAGAGGACUGGGCAAAAAAAAAUCCAACACCAAACCCGCAGCGUCCAUGGCCUUGUUUGUUUUCCGUUCUCGUUCGUUGCUUCUCGCUGGAAGGAUCCUGUGGCUCAUGCCAGGGUGGGGGACGCACCAGCCCCUUCCCCAGCCCUAUCUGCACCACCACCCCAGCUGGUCAUGGGCCCACUGCCCUCACACCCUUGCUGCAGGGCAAAUUUCACCCCUUGCAGUCCCCAGACAGCCCCUCCAUCCCCCUUGGCACUGGCUACCAGCACUGCUGGGAAGACUGUGUAGGAACGAGGUGGUUCCCUGGAAGCAUGUGUAGGGCUGGUGCUCUGGGAAGGCUUUAAUUGCUGGUGUCCUCCGUCACUGCUGAUCCCACCGUGGAUGACCGGUGGAGGACCCAAGCUCCUGCAUGGUGAGUGACCCCCAUUUCAGCAGGUUCCUGUGCUCCCAGGCUGCGGCAUCACAGGUGGGAGAGCACCAGAGCCCUGUGAGCUGCAAGUGCUGUGACAAGAGUGUCCUGGGGGAUCCUGGCCACAGGAGGGUGUUUGGGGCAGGGAGCCAGCUGUUAGCCAGGCUGCCUCAUGCUGCUGCCCGGCAUCUGGUCAGCUGCAAGGGGCACCAGAGGCUGCUGCUCUCCCCUGACCAAAGACCUCUCUAUGCAUUUCCCCCUCCUUCCCAGGGCAAGGGCAAAGCCCCCGAUGGGGAGAUGCAGCUCGUUUGGUGAUGCCUGGUUAAUGCCAGUGCUGAAAUGGGGGCUGCUGGUGUGUGGUAUCACUCCAAACGGAGGGAUCCUCUUUUCUUCUGCUGAUUUGGGACACCUGGAAGGUGCAAAGUGUGGUGUGUUUUUUUUUUGCCCAGCCCUCAGCUGCAGGAACCCGCAAGUGAGUGGUGUCCGGUGGCAGGCGGCUUCGCUCGCCGCUUUUUUUGCUUUUUGUUUGGUUUUUUUUGAACUUUCUUUUGGAAUAUUUCUGCAUUUAGCACAUUUUACUUGAAAUUACCUCAUUUUUUGUGACCUCAUGAGCUUUUAUUGAUUUGGGAGGGACGGGGGGCAGCGUGGCCGGGAUAUACCAGCCGUGUGCCCAGGGUUGGCAGUGGAGGGGUGGUGUGACAGUGACAUCCCUGCCAGCCUCCCGUUGUGCAUUAUCCUUACCAAAACUGGUAUUUUUUGCCUGGCCCCGCGGGGCCGGGGGUGUUGGUUCUGAAGCUACCUCUUGUGUUCGUUUUUGUUGUGUUUUUCCUGCGCGGCCGCGGGCUCGGUGGUUCCAUCCCACGGCUUUUUUUUUUUUUUUCUUUUUUUGUCGUUUUGCUGCAUUGGGGUAAAAAGGGGGAGAAAAGCGUUGUGGGGAGCGGGAUGGUGUCUGGAUACAGUUUGGAGGGACACUGAUGGCUCCUCUGGGUUUGGGGUGCCUGUCCCACCUCUCCUGGUGCCGAGCAGGGAUACACCUAUGGGAGCAGCAUCCUCCCUCGCAGCCCGGUCUGGCUUUGCACGUACGUGCGCGCCUGUGCGUGGGAAUGUUGCUGCUCCACGCAGGGGGGACACUGCUGCUGUACAAUCCGGGAUGUGACUGUGGAGAACGGCUCGUUUAAUUGUUGUGCCUAAGAAAAAAAAAAAAAACCCUAGAAAAAAAUAUUAAAAAAAGAAAACAGUUCUUUCACAGAGAAAGUUGCUGCAGUUUCUGGCACGUGCACGGCAGGUCCCCGCGGUGCCUCGGCGCUGCUGGACGCGGGUGCCACAGUGCCACAGAGCACGUGGCUGAGCUCAUGUGGCUUUUUUUUUUUUUUUGCUUUAACCUCCCCUCCCAUCCUGCUGUUCCUCUCCCUUAGUGCCGCAGCCCCUGCUGCGACGGCAUCGGGGUCAGUGUUGGAGCGAUGCUGUCGUGUCCCAGGCGCGCGUCCCCGCACUGUUCGCCGUGGCACAGCCCCUGCCACCCCUCCAUAUAUAUAUAUAUGAGUAUAUAUAUGUGUAUCAUAGCAGUGAGGACCAAGCGCCGCGCGGGGCCCUGCGGCCCCAGGCUCCCUCUCCCCUGGCUUGUCGUCGGUGUCGUGAGCGCCCGCCUGCCCGUCCCAUUGCUCUGUGUUGCCGCUCGUGGUUCGGGUCCGUCGCUGUCCUCGUUCCGUCUACCUCAGCACCUCUCUGAGCCCGGGCGCAGAAGGUGCCCAAGUUCCCCUUUGGUUUUCUCAGAGUAUCUAUCGGCUCCUAUUUUUUGUACGACUUUUGCCCGUCUCCCCUUGCCGUUUGCUCCCCUGCGGUUCUGCUUGUGAGUCCUCUCUGUCCUCUAGCCACAGAUGCCAUUAGCUAAGUUUCCUGAAAAAUAAAGAAAAACUAAAAAAAAAAAAUACAAAAAAAAAAACCAGUUGUGGUGUCUCCUAGUUGCAGCUCUCCGCACCUGCCUUCGUCCUGUGUAGAUUCAGAUGCAUUUCUUUGUAAGACUUCAGUGUUUCUGACAGGAAAAAAAAGACAAAAAAAAAAGGAAGAAUAUACUGCUGCAGGUUUUUUUCUCUCCAUGUGUCACUAAGUGAAGUUCGUGCCUUCUAUAGCAAAGAGAAUAUUUUUUACAUCCUACUAACAGUAGAUUUUUUUGUAGUGAACAUUUUUUGUAUUUUUAUUUAUAAGUCUCAUAAGGAAAAUAGCAAUGUUCAGUUGUAUACCUUGAAAUCUGCAGUUAGAAAACAAAAAAAAAACCAACCAAUAAAGUUAAUUCCGUUGUCUCGGU